GGAAUUACGCGAGAAAUGAUAGAGCGAGCUAAACAAUACGGAACGCAUUACCAGGUGAUCGACCAUCAGUUGUACCGUCAAAAAGACUGCAUGUUCCCGGCGAGAUGCUCCGGCGUGGAGCAUUUCGUGAAACCUCUCCUCCCGAUUCUACCAAACAUGGAUCUGAUCGUUAAUUGUCGUGAUUGGCCACAGAUACAUCGACAUUGGAGCAAAGAAAAAACGCCCGUAUUAUCUUUCAGUAAAACGGCCGAAUAUCUUGACAUAAUGUACCCGGCUUGGGCCUUUUGGGAAGGUGGUCCAGCCAUAGCUCUCUAUCCUACGGGCCUUGGACGAUGGGAUCUGCAUCGUAAGCGCAUUUUGGAUGCGAGUGAAGAUUGGGAAACCAAGAAAGCGGUAGCAUUUUUCCGAGGGUCACGAACCUCCGAUGAACGAGAUGCUUUAGUGCUGCUGUCGCGCUCACGGCCAUCGCUCGUUGACGCACAGUACACGAAGAAUCAAGCCUGGAAGUCACCUCAGGAUACGCUUAAUGCAGAACCUGCACAGGAGGUCACGCUCGAACAGCACUGUCGUUAUCGUUUUUUGUUUAAUUUCCGCGGUGUUGCUGCCAGCUUUCGCUUUAAACAUCUGUUUCUUUGUCGUUCUUUAGUUUUCCACGUGGGAGAUGAGUGGCAAGAGUUUUUCUACGCAUCAUUGAAGCCGUGGGUGCAUUACGUACCCGUUCCGGUUCACAGUGGACCGGACGAGCUAGAAUCUCUGAUAAGAUUUUUCCAAGAUCACGAUGAUCUAGCGCGUAGCAUUGCUCAGCGAGGAUUCGAUCAUAUUUGGAAUAAUCUUCGCAUGACGGACGUCGAAUGUUACUGGCGGAAGCUAUUGAAGCGUUAUGGGAAAUUAAUUAGAUACCCAGCAGUACGGGAUAAAAGUUUGAUACAAGUUUAUUAGAAGGAAAAUAUAACACCGAAUUGUUCCGUAGGUGAAAAUGUAUCAAAAUGUAUUAUAACGUAUGGAAGAAACUUACGCAUUUAAACUCUCUAAUAUCCAUUACUCGCUUUGUUGGCGUAAGGAAAAUGAUUUCAUAUUAAAUAAGACGUUUG